AUGGGCAUCUUACGCUGCAGCAGGAGGCUCCUCGCCUGCUCCGUUAACCGGCCCUGGCGCGGCGGUCAUGCAAUUGCGCCGCUGGUGGUCGGUGCAUCUGGUGGCUUCGACCGCCGACGCGCUUUUCACGGCUCUCCGGCUUCCUGGGCUAUCAAGUCUCAGAUCCUGAAAGAUGUUGGAGAGGGAAUCACGGAAGUUCAGAUCAUCCAGUGGUAUGUCGAAGAGGGCGCCCGCGUGGAGGAGUGGAAACCGCUCUGCCAGUACCAAUCAGAUAAGGCCGUUGAUGAUAUCACUUCGCGAUACGAAGGUGUCAUCAAGAAGCUUCAUUUCCAAGCAGAUGACACUGUCCCAACGGGGAUGGCACUGUGCGAUAUCGAAGUCGAAGACGGGAAGUAUCCAGACGACAAUCCUCCGACCACGACGACGGAGGAACCCGCCACAGCUGCCCCUUCGCAGCCGCAGCCUGAAGCCGAGAAAACACAACCAGCAAGUCCUGAACCGGCAGCACCAUCGGAGGAUAAGAAUAGAUCCAGAUAUGCUACGCUUGCGACUCCAGCUGUCCGCGGUCUGUUGAAGGAGUUGAAUGUCAAUAUUCUUGACGUCAAGGGCACGGGCAAGGAUGGACGAGUUCUUAAAGAAGAUGUGCUGAGAUAUGCAGCGGCGCGGGAUCAGAAGACAACAGACGCUCCCCCAUCGACGACGAGGCCGGCUGUCGAGGUUGACGCACAACAGACUGAACAGGUUGUGCCUCUAACGCCGAUCCAGUCGCAGAUGUUCAAGACCAUGACUCGAUCACUGAGCAUUCCACAAUUCCUCUUUACGGAUGAGCUUAACCUUGACGCCCUUUCGGCGCUGCGGCAGAAGCUAGCCAGCGAUCCCACCAACCCUCAGAAAAUCACGUCCCUCUCCUUCAUCGUCAAGGCGGUCUCCCUGGCCCUCGAGCAGUACCCGCUGCUGAACGCCAAGGUUGACACGACCGACCCCAAUAAGCCGAAGCUGAUCAUGCGCAGCAUUCACAACAUUGGAAUUGCAAUGGACACACCCCAAGGGUUGAUCGUGCCCAAUGUCAAGAACGUCGCGGCUCGAUCGAUCUCGGACAUCGCCGCGGAGAUAUCCCGGCUGAGCGCACUGGGGAAGGAAGGCAAGCUCACGCCGGCCGAUUUGGCCGGCGGGACGAUUACGAUCUCCAACAUUGGAAAUAUCGGAGGAACCUACGUGUCGCCGGUCAUCGUGCCGAACGAGGUCGCAAUCCUGGGGAUCGGGCGGUCGAGGACGCUUCCCGUGUUUGAUGAGGCGGGCCAGGUGAAGAAAGCAGAGCUCGUCAACUUUAGCUGGAGUGCUGACCACCGAGUCGUGGAUGGGGCCACCAUGGCAAGGAUGGCCAACAAGGUCCGCGAGUACGUUGAGUCUCCGGACAAGAUGCUCCUGAAGUUGAGAUAG